AUGGUGGAUAGUACCCGUCACAAUAUAGGAUCAAUUAUCCCUUUGCUUGUCCGAUUGAUAAGUGUUUCUGUCAUAAGAGUCAAAAGAAAUAUUAUAGUAUAUUUUGAAGAUAGAUCAGGUACCAGACUAAUAGAAUGCAUGGGACAAUUGAACCAAGUACAUGUGUGCCUGUGUGUAGAUGUACAUUUACACUUACAUUUGCAUUUACAUGUACAUGUACAUGUACCUGUACCUGUACCUGUACCUGUACUUGUGUACUUGUGGACUUGUGGACUUGAAAUUGUGUCAAGAAAAAACGGGUAG